CGCCAGCCCUCGGCCCGCAUGCGCACUCAGUCCAACCCGGCCUGGGGAAAUUUCCUUUCGCACGUCUGCUACAGCAGUCUCCUGUUUCUCCUUCUACCUUCUCCAUUUUUCUAGUCCCUGCAGGACGUAAUUGGAAUAUCAUUUGGAGAAAGUGUCAUGGAAGUUCUGCGUCCACAGCUUAUAAGAAUUGAUGGCCGGAAUUACAGGAAGAAUCCAGUCCAAGAACAGACUUAUCAACAUGAAGAAGAUGAAGAGGACUUUUAUCAAGGCUCCAUGGAGUGUGCUGAUGAGCCCUGUGAUGCCUAUGAGGUGGAGCAGACCCCACAAGGAUUCCGGUCUACUGUGAAGGCCCCCAGCUUGCUCUAUAAGCAUAUAGUUGGAAAGAGAGGGGACACUAGGAAGAAAAUAGAAAUGGAGACCAAAACUUCUAUUAGCAUUCCUAAACCUGGACAAGACGGGGAGAUUGUAAUCACUGGCCAGCAUCGAAAUGGUGUAAUUUCAGCCCGAACACGGAUUGAUGUUCUUUUGGACACUUUUAGAAGAAAGCAGCCCUUCACUCACUUCCUUGCCUUUUUCCUCAAUGAAGUUGAGGUUCAGGAAGGAUUCCUGAGAUUCCAGGAGGAAGUACUGGCGAAGUGCUCCAUGGAUGAUGGGGUUGACAGCAGCAUUUUCCAGAAUCCUAAAAAGCUUCAUCUAACUAUUGGGAUGUUGGUGCUUUUGAGUGAGGAAGAGAUCCAGCAGACAUGUGAGAUGCUACAGCAGUGUAAAGAGGAAUUCAUUAAUGAUAUUUCUGGGGGUAAACCCCUAGAAGUGGAGAUGGCAGGGAUAGAAUACAUGAAUGAUGAUCCUGGCAUGGUGGAUGUUCUUUACGCCAAAGUCCAUAUGAAAGAUGGCUCCAACAGGCUGCAAGAAUUAGUUGAUCGAGUGCUGGAACGUUUUCAGGCAUCUGGACUAAUAGUGAAAGAGUGGAAUACUGUGAAACUGCAUGCUACAGUUAUGAAUACACUAUUCAGGAAAGACCCCAAUGCUGAAGGCAGGUACAAUCUCUACACAGCGGAUGGCAAAUAUAUCUUCAAGGAAAGAGAAUCAUUUGAUGGCCGAAACAUUUUAAAGUUGUUUGAGAACUUCUACUUUGGCUCCCUAAAGCUAAAUUCAAUUCACAUCUCUCAGAGGUUCACCGUAGACAGCUUUGGAAACUAUGCUUCCUGUGGACAAAUUGACUUCUCCUGAGGUGGAUCUUGGAAAGCACUAGAAACUAAACAUCUUCACCAGGUGCUGAAGAAAAGUGUCUCAUUUUAAUUGCCAAGCAGGGAUGUGGACAUUUGGAUGGUGACUUUCCUGGGUGGUUCCCCAUAGAUUCACUAUUGCCUCUAAUGGUGUCUACAGCCAUCAGACUACCAGCUGAGAUGGUGGUGGGCAUAAGGAGAAUUUGUGCCUAUAACCCUUAGUGUGUUCUGUUUUUUUUUUCUUUUAAUUUUUAAAUUGUCAUAAAAUACUCAUAAAACAUACUGUCUUCACCAUUUUUAAGUGCACAGUUCAGUAACAUUAACUGUUAAUACAUUCAUAAUGCUGUGUGGCCGUCACCGCCAUCCAUCUCCAUAGGCUUCUCAGCUUGUAAAACGGAAACUGUACCCAUUAAACAGUAAUUCCCACUACUCCCAGCCCCCGCAGCCACCAUUCUGCUUUCUGUCUCUCUGGUUUUGACUAUUCUCAGUAUCUCAUAUAAGUGGAAUCAUACAGUGACUUGUCUUUUUGUGACUGGCUUAUUUCACUUAGCAUAAUGUCCUCAAGGUUUAUCCAUGCUGUGUCAGGUGACAGGAUUUCCUUCCUGUAUUAUACAUAUAAUGGAAUGUUCCGUUACAUGUGCGUACCACACUCUGUUCCUCCAUCAGUGAACACCUGGCUUGCUUCCUCUUGACUAUUGGGAGUAGUGCUAAUACAGACAUGGGUGUGCAAAUACCUCUUUGAGACUCUGCCUUUAAUUCCUUUACCACCCAGAGUUUUAUCUUUAGCAAAAUAACCAUUAAAGUUUUUUGCCUUUUA